CUGGCCGGCUCUCCACGGGAGGCGAAGUCGGUCACGUGCUCUUCAAGAUGGCUGCGCCGUGCUUGCGGCGUUCGCAAUGACAGCCGAAGAAUUUGAUACAACAAGGUCUAGUGAAGGACGGGCGGCUGACUGACUGCAAAUUCUCCAUGUAAUCCCACCCAAGGGGCUUUUGUCCGCAAAUCUUCGGCCGGGAUCCUUGUUUUUAGCGAUAAUGGCUGUAACGGUGUUCGAUAAUGAUGAAUAUAGACCACCUGUAUGGAAGUCCUAUUUGUACCAAUUGCAACAGGAAGCCCCUCAUCCAAGGCGAGUCACAUGCACUUGUGAGGUUGAAAACCGGCCAAAAUACUACGGAAGAGAGUACCAUGGAAUGAUUUCAAGGGAAGAAGCUGAUCAGUUGCUCAGUGUUGCAGAGGGAAGUUAUCUUAUUCGAGAAAGCCAGAGACAGCCUGGGACAUAUACGCUAGCUUUACGGUUUGGAAACCAAACCAGAAACUUCCGGCUAUAUUAUGAUGGGAAGCAUUUUGUUGGUGAAAAAAGGUUUGAGUCCAUCCAUGACCUGGUGACAGAUGGCUUGAUUACUCUGUAUAUUGAAACCAAGGCAGCAGAGUAUAUUGAAAAAAUGACAAUCAACCCUAUUUAUGAGCAUAUAGGAUACACAACACUAAAUCGAGAACCUGCGCACAAGAAACAUGUUCCAGUUAUUAAAGACGUACCUGAUGGGAAGGACAUCCAAGGAGAAGAGGGAAAUCUGGAGGAAAGGCUGACUUCGUUGGUGAGAAGGGCCACUUUGAAGGAAAAUGAACGUGCUCAGAAAUACGAGAAGGUCCACAACUUUAAGGUUCACACAUUCAGAGGACCUCACUGGUGUGAAUAUUGUGCAAAUUUCAUGUGGGGUCUCAUUGCUCAGGGAGUGAAGUGUGCUGACUGUGGUUUGAAUGUUCACAAGCAGUGUUCCAAGAUGGUUCCAAACGACUGCAAGCCUGACCUGAAACAUGUGAAAAAGGUCUACAGCUGUGACCUCACCACUCUCGUGAAAGCCCACAAUACUAAAAGGCCCAUGGUAGUGGACAUGUGCAUACGUGAAAUUGAAUCAAGAGGUUUAAAAUCUGAAGGUCUGUACAGAGUAUCAGGGUUCAGUGAUUUAAUUGAAGAUGUUAAGCUGGCAUUUGACAGAGAUGGUGAAAAGGCAGAUAUUUCUGUGAAUGUUUAUGAAGAUAUCAAUAUCAUCACUGGUGCACUUAAAUUGUACUUUAGGGAUUUGCCCAUUCCAGUGAUCACUUAUGAUGCCUAUCCAAGGUUUAUCGAAGCUGCAAAGAUGACAGACCCUGAUGAGCAGCUGGAAGCGCUCCAUGAAGCCCUGAAGCUUUUGCCACCUGCACACUGUGAAACACUGAGGUAUCUUAUGGCACACUUGAAAAGGGUUACUCUGAAUGAAAAGGACAAUCUGAUGAAUGCAGAGAACCUGGGGAUCGUGUUUGGCCCCACACUGAUGCGUGCCCCAGAUCUGGAUGCUAUGGCUGCUUUGAAUGACAUCCGCUAUCAGAGACAGGUGGUGGAAUCCCUGAUAAAAAAUGAAGACAUUUUAUUUUAAAAAGGACAGAACCUACAAUAAGACUGCAAAUGAAGAAUUUUGCCUCAUUUUCUCUGCUUCAAAGGGAAAAUGUUACAGAUUUGUAAUUUCUUUUUGUGCACAGAUACAAGUGAAGGAUACUUUUUAUUAUUGUGUUUUCACACUCUGAUGUUCUAUUAAAAGAAAGAAAACAUUUGCUUACUUCUGCCCCAUAAAUGGGUUAAAGGUGCAGUCAUACUAAUUAACUUGAUUGCAUGACGGACUCCCCAUUUUUGUCGGGGGUUGUUUUAAACAAUUCACUUCAAUUUGGUGGCAUUAUAUUUGUGAAUAGCUUUUAGGAGUUAUUCAGCAUGUUUUUAAUUCUGUGAACUUUAAGACAUUGUGACUUUGUUUUCUCUUGUCCUGUUGGUUGUUGUCCCACAUACGAAGGGGGCACAUCAUGUGAAAUGCUAAAUCUAGAUGUUAACAAGACACAGUAUUUAAUUUUUAAAGGAAGUUUGAUUUUCCUUUAAUGAAUUUUGUUUGUAUUCAUGAUGUCCAGUCACUUUGUUUGUGCCGAAACAAAAUAACCUGUACACUAUGAAUGUACAUUUAAAUUAGUCAACUUUCAAGGGUGGUCACAUUUAAAAACUGCAACAUUUUCAGAUUGCUUAGGUUCUGUUUCUUUGUACAAGGUUCUGUUUUGUUUGCGCAUGCAUAUACCAGUAUUAAUUUAUUAAAUCAUGUUUUCAGGACUCUA